UCCCCGAUCUGAAAAUUGACGAGACAGCAGACGUGGCAGUUGAGGAGCCUGUGUCUGAACUAUACUCACACUCUAAUGGCUCAAACUCGUCGUUCACACACUCAAAUGCGUAUCGCUACUCCAGAUCGCGCUCUCCCAAACGUGUCUCGUCACCAAUAAGAAAAGGGUCUCCAACGCGUCAGCAACCCUUCAGAUUUGGAUCCAUCACAAUGAAUAACUCCAACGAAAACCUGUCUAUGAAGCCUGGAGGUGCAGUCCCCAUGAACGGCCCAAGAGCUUCAUACCGACGUGGUCACAGAUACCAGCAUUCCUCGGUGUCGAUGAACAUGUUUCAAGAGCCACCCAAACGUUCGUCGGUGCCCAUUCCUCAGCAAUACUCACUUCCAACUUACAAAGAAGUGGUCGCAACCCUGAGCUUACAAGAUAAGCUUAAGCUUGCGUACUGUGGUUUCCUAAUUUUGCUCAGCCUGUCAACCUAUUUAAUAGGCUUCAGGUUCGGCAAUCUUUGUCUGUCAACACUUUCGCAUCUCGUCUUUUAUGACUCCAUUGGCAACUUGAUCACUGUGAUCGUGCAGGUCAUGACCAACUUCCCAAUAUGGAACAACUCGUCGUUGAAAUAUCCAUUUGGACUGGGCAGAAUAGAGGUGCUGGCCGGAUUUGGGCUGUCAGUCUCUCUUCUCUUUGUGGGUGUUGAUCUUUUUUCCCAUCUCUUUGAGAACGCGAUGUUCACUCUCGCUCUUGGAGACCUCGAUGAAGCCGCCCAUGCUCACCAUGUUCACGGCGAAAAAGGACAUCUCAACUUGGUGUUCUACGAGUGCUACUUGUUAGCGAUCUGUUUUGUGACACUGCUGUCGCCUCGUAUCAUUUCAAGAACGAAGAAACCGGCCGAGCCAAUCAUUUUGGCGCCCAAAAGAGUUAGUUCCAUCACUUUACAACAAGAGCCGGUGGUCAAUAUCAAGUCGCAGAUUAAAAAGACCCAAAACCAGCUCUCCCAUUAUACAAGCAUUCUGUCAAUUGGCUACGCAGUCUACGCCAUGAUGCACCCCCUUAUUGCGCAUAUAGAGCUGGUGGCGGCUGUGAACGAAAUCUCCAGCUUGAUCUUGGCCUUCACAGUGCUAUUCCUGGCAUGGAGGUUAAUAUCUCGUCUCUCGGGAAUUCUUUUGCUGCGCAACUCCCGCACUGACAUUGAGUCUCGCAUUGUUCAAAACAUACAGUCAUUGGAAGUAUACAAAUCAUCAUACAAGAUCGGACGGCUAAAGAUUGCCAAGGUUAACCACAAAAUAUAUGUGGUUAUUCUCAGCAUGCGCAUGGCUGGGGCCUCGGACGACGACGAGUCAAAAAUGAGAUUUUAUGCGUCUCGUAUUAUCCGCAGCAUUAUGUGCCAGGACGAGGCGGCAGAGGUCGAUCUGGACGCUGAGUUCGACUACAUGGACCAAUCUGGCGAGCAGUUCGAAAUCACCAUCGAUAUCCAACGCGUGUAGUUAGCACACCCGUACACCGCAUCCCCAUUUUGUGGACGUAUCACUAAUCCCCACGAACUUAACUAGUUACAUAAACGAUAUACUAUGGACGAUUCAGACACUUCCACCUCUAUCAACUCUCUGGCAUCAGAUUUGUCGCCUGGUAAAGACAACAGAAAAUGGAAGAUGGCCCCACAUAAGACCGUGGACGAGGUGAUCGAUUUUUUCCAAAAACCAGUGCAACCAUUUUCCCACGAAGAGAAAAACGACACGCAGCCGGAGCCGGAGCCCUCCAUUUCCCUCAACUUUAUCCAGCUGUUCAACGACGUGCUCCUACUUGUCACCAGGCUGAUCGACGUGCUCAUUCCACAGAACAGCACGUACCGGAGUCUGAUCUUUCUGUAAGUGCUCAUAACCUCCAUAAAAGAGGGAUCUCUAACACUUUAGGAAUACCCUCAAUUUUCUUGAACAAGUCAGGAAUAACGUAUCUGGCUGGUGGAAACAGGUGCUUCUAUUCUACAAAUCUAAUUCGUAUUUCGUCAACAUCUCAGUGACCAUCUUUGUGCUCAGCAUCAUCCCUCCGGUUCUAAUAUUCAUUCUGCUAAUGGCCGUGUACACCUCAUUCAUUGGCUUUUUGUUCACCACCGGGUUCACCAUUCUUGCAAUUGCGGCAGGAAUUGGUUUCCUGCCGGUUUUCAUCAUCAGCUUGUCAGUCAUUGUGUCUGUGACCGCCGCUGUCAGUCUUGCAUAUAUGGCAGUCAGUGCUGGGAUUACUUUGUUCUCCAAUACGCUGCCAAUUCGAGCAUGGUUGAGUGCCAUUGCCGACACCCUCCCUCCAUCCGUUGGCAUUGCUGAAAAGAAAAAAUGAGACUAGCUGCCCUUGAGUUCAGCCAACGCGCGUCUCAUCUCCACAUAAGCCAGAUGCAUUUUACCCACAAAAUGGUCCGCAAGUCGGCGGUCGUUAUCGAGGCGAGAGAGAUAGGCACCGCACUGCUCGCACACUUGCAAUUUCUGCUGUGCCGACUGGUUGAUAUUCUCAACCAUUUCAGUGUACUGCGUGGCAACAGCGUCUCGAUUUCGUAUCACUUUCUCUAGCUCUUUAUUCCAAUCCAAAGCCAUUUCCAAUUCUCCCUUUUCCACAAGUAACGUUAUCUCCUGGAGCAUCAGGCUUACCUGUUCGUCUAGUUUAUCCAGCUCCUGUGUCACGCUCGAAAUUUUCUCCCUCUCCUCUACGGAGAGCUCCAGUCGUUUUUCUGCAAUUCUAAUUUUUCUAUUACAUUCAUUGAUCACUCCUUCGAGAUCGCGCAUGUAAUCCAGUUUGAAAUUGUCGUUGGGCAUUCGCACCCCAUUCUUCACACAUGUCUCGUAUAGUAUUUUGAGUUUUUCCUGGUGUAUUUU